UCUGAACAAGAGUACACUCACAAGUCACAUCUUUUCCUCCAUCGAAUGAGCUUUCCAGUUUCAUUUCUAUUUCCCUCUUUCACUUUCUAGGGUUCUUCCAUCGUUCGAAUUUACAAUCUAAUCAAGAAGAUUCACUCAGAUUCAGUCUCAACCGCUCAUAACCUUCGAAUGUCGGCAUCUACCGCUUCUAUAACCGCGAAUCAACGGCCCAUAACUCGCCGCCGAGCAGCCGAGCAGAACAUUUCGGCCAUCGGAUCAGAUCUCGCUGCGGCAGCCGUCGUCACCGAAUCUGAGAAUAGAGAAGAUCGACUCACUGCCGGUAACACUGGCGCCGCGGUUCUGAGGAAUGCUACGAAAGCACAGGCUCAAAUCCCGACGAGGAAGGGCGCUCCUUCCAGGAAGCAAGCAAGGGCGAGAUGGCUCACAGUGAUCCGCAUUCUCACUAGGAUUCUGGCAUUGAUGGUAGUCUCACUGGGUUUCGUUCAGAUGGCUCGGUGGGUGGUCAUGAAUUCUGAUCGCGAUGCCAAGGAUAUAGCGGCAAUUUCAGGGGAUUUCGAGGGAAAAUUCUCCGAGAUGGAGAAGUUUGUUAAGACGACAAUGAAGGCGAUGCAGAUACAGUUGCAUGUGGUUGAUCAGAAGUUUGAGGAUGGGAUUAGCACAGUUAGAAAGGAAUUUGAUGAGAAAAUCGAGAAGAAGGGGGACGAACUGGACUUAAUGUUGAAGGCUCUGGGUGCACGGAAUGAUGUUUUUGAAAAGUUUAUGGAUGAAUAUGGGAGCAAGAAUCUGCUUUCAAAGGAAGAGUUUGGUGACUUUUUUGAGAAAUUUAAAACGGACAGGAACAAAGGCAGUGCUGGUGAUUUUAGUGAGGUUAGUUUGGACGAUGUAAAGAAUUAUGCACGGGAGAUUGUGGAGAAGGAAAUUGAAAAGCAUGCUUCUGAUGGGUUGGGAAUGGUGGAUUUUGCAUUGGCAUCAGGAGGGGCAAAGGUAGUGAGGCAUUCUGAGCCAUAUGGUGGUGUGGGACUUGGUACAAGUGCGAGUUGGUUCAAGAGUCGUAAUACGGUGAGUGCAGAAGCUGAGAAUAUGAUUCAACCGAGCUUUGGAGAGCCUGGACGUUGUUUUCCUCUUAAAGGGCAGAAUGGUUUUGUUGAGAUAAGACUCAGGACUGCCAUUAUACCCGAAGCAGUGACUCUCGAACAUGUUCAUAAGAGUGUGGCCUAUGAUAGGUCCAGUGCUCCCAAGCACUGUAGAGUGUCUGGAUGGAUGCAAGGAGAAUAUUCAUCUGAUUUGGAAGUUCAUAGUUCAAAGAUGAUUCUCUUAGCUGAGUUCGCCUAUGAUCUUGAGAAAAGCAAUGCUCAAACUUUUGAAGUAAAGGCAGACACCUCGAAUCUUGUUGACACUAUCAGGCUUGAUGUUACAUCCAAUCAUGGGAGUGCUUUAUAUACAUGCAUCUACCGAUUGAGAGUGCAUGGCCGUGAACUGCUUCACAACCCCAACUCAGCCUUGGAAAUUCGAGCAUGAUGAGGAAACCUUGGCUCGUCUUUAUGUGCUUCUUCUCUUUAGCUUGCUUUAUGUUAGUUCCUCUUAAUGUACUUUUUUUUUUAUCCUGUAAUUUGUUUUACUUCUGUGCGAACCUUGGUAAUGUAAGCUAGAUGAAGUCGUUUAGGAUUUUAUUGGCACAUAUUCGUGAUUUUUUAUCUUUAGCAUAAUUUACGUUAAUCACUCUUAAUCAUUUUGUGCUUGAUUUGGCUUUGUGAAAUUUGUAUGCAUGUUAUUUGCUACUCUGGUGUAAUCAUGCG